GGCGGCCGUCUGUACGUAUAAAGGACACGCGAUUGAAGCGCUGUAGAGCCAGUAGCGCCACAGCAUGCCCAGAUACGAACUCGCAUUGAUUCUGAAAGCCAUGCAGCGGGAGUGUAACUCUAGGCCUUACUAGACCUCUCAGCAACAGCUAAGAAUUUCAACACCAACAAAUUAAGCUGUGCCAGUCUUGUGGAAUGCUGCUUAAAAGAGCAUGAGAAAUAGUCAAAAGUGAAGUUAACAAGAUAAAUAAAUAGCAUCCCAGUACCUGUACAACUGGAAUCCUGCAGGUUCAAUCAAGGCAGCAAACCAAAGGACAAACAUUUUACCACUCCUUUUUUUUGUAUUUCAUUAGUGACCAUAACGUACCUGGCCACAUUCUAUUCUGUAUACAAUUGAAUCCAAAAUAUUACAAAAAUGUUUGGCUUUAUGGAAACAGCUGACUUGGCUGUUGUGGGAUUUUAUUUUGUUCUUGUAUUGUGCAUUGGAUUUUUUGCGAUGUGGAAAUCCAACAGAAGUACUGUGAGUGGGUACUUUCUUGCAGGACGCUCCAUGACCUGGGUGGCAAUGGGUGCUUCAUUGUUCGUGAGCAAUAUUGGCAGUGAGCACUUUAUUGGUUUAGCAGGAUCUGGAGCUGCCAGUGGAUUUGCAGUGGGAGCUUGGGAGUUCAACGCAGUGUUACUUUUACAAGUAUUGGGUUGGGUCUUCAUCCCAGUCUAUUUUAGAUCUGGUGUGUAUACUAUGCCACAGUAUCUUUCCAGACGUUAUGGUGGUAGCAGACUAAAGAUGUAUUUUGCUUUGUUGUUUUUAAUAUUAUAUGUUUUCACCAAGCUUUCCGUGGACUUGUAUGCUGGUGCACUCUUCAUCCGUGUGUCACUGGGCUGGGACCUGUAUCUCUCUAUCAUCAUUUUGAUUGGGUUGACUGCGGUGUUAACUGUCACAGGAGGACUUGUGGCCGUCAUCUACACCGAUGCCCUGCAGGCCGUUCUUAUGAUUGGUGGAGCUUUAACAUUGAUGGUUGUCGGUAUGGUCAAAGUUGGAGGCUUGGAUGAACUGAAACGAAGAUACAUGCUUGCCUCUCCAAAUGUUACUGCAAUCGUUACUUCUUUCAAUCUAAGCUCGACUAAUACUUGCCAUAUCCACCCUAAAGAGGAUUCUCUAAAGAUGCUACGUGAACCAACUGAUGAGGAUGUUCCUUGGCCUGGUUUCCUGUUGGGUCAAACACCAGCCUCUGCUUGGUAUUGGUGUGCUGAUCAAGUCAUUGUGCAGCGUGUCUUGGCAGCAAAGAACAUCGCUCAUGCCAAAGGAGCCACUCUGAUGGCUGGUUUUCUGAAACUCUUGCCCAUGUUUAUCAUUGUCAUUCCAGGGAUGAUUUCCAGAAUUCUCUUUACCGAUGAAAUCGUUUGCAUUAAUCCGGAGCACUGCAUGCAAGUAUGCGGCAGCAGUGCAGGUUGCUCAAACAUUGCAUACCCACGCCUAGUGUUGGGAAUCUUACCUGCAGGCCUUCGUGGUCUAAUGAUGGCAGUCAUGAUAGCAGCUUUAAUGAGUGAUUUGGAUUCUAUAUUUAAUAGUGCCAGCACGAUUUUCACCCUUGAUGUCUACAAGCACAUUCGAAAGGCUGCCAGCUCUCGAGAACUUAUGGUAGUGGGUCGCCUAUUUGUUAUCUUCAUGGUUGGCACGAGCAUUGCUUGGGUUCCUAUAAUUGUAGAGAUGCAAGGAGGACAAAUGUAUCUCUAUAUCCAAGAGGUAGCAGAUUAUCUGAUCCCACCCGUGGCAGCUGUGUUCCUACUUGGUAUUUUAUGGAAGCGUUGCAAUGAACAAGGGGCUUUCUAUGGAGGAUUGGUUGGAUCAAUUCUGGGAAUAAUUCGCUUGAUUCUUGCCUUCGUCUAUCAAGAACCAGACUGUGAUCAGCCUGACACCAGACCAAAUUUUAUUAGAAAUGUUCACUAUAUGUAUGUGGCAAUGGCUCUGUUUUGGACCACCACCAUUAUAGCAGUCAUAGUGAGUCUGCUGACACCUGCUCUUCCAAGAGAAUAUACUCGAAACACCACAAUCUGGGCAUUAAAAGACUUGAACAACAUAAAAAGGGCCCAGCCAGAAGAAUCAGCUAAACUAGCAAGUCGAACUGUGUCUGAAAGCAAUGGCAGUACCAUAUGUGCGGAUAAGUCUGACUGUAAUCGCAAAGAUACUGAUGGUAUUGAAUUAGUUCUGUUAAUGCCUGGAAGUGAUGAAUCCAAAUCUUUGUGCUCCCCAUCCAGCAUUGAAGGACUGACUCCAAAUGAUGGAUAUUUAAAUAGUCAAACAACUGUGGCCCACCAGACCAAUGAGGAACCUCAACUGGAAAGAAGCAAAUGGUGGAAAUUUUUUGACUGCAUUUGUGGAUUAAAAAAUUAUGAUGUGACAAGUCCAGUAGCAAAAAAUAUCAUAGAGGAGGAACAUGUUUGCUUAGAAAUGUUACAGGAGAGCCCAAGGAUUAAGUUACUGUUAAAUACUGGACUUUUAGUUGUAUUAUCUUCUGGAAUAAGUAUGUUCAUUUAUUUCUCUUUGUAAAAUCAGUCUAAAGGUUUAAGUGAAUGCAGUUUCAUUUUAAAGAUUUCUGCAUUCCUUUUGUUGGCCUGCAUAGGUAACUCUUUGCCAGCUUUUAAAUCAUUAGGGGUGGUAAUGGAAGUAAGUUGUUAUAAAUUGAAAUUGUAUGUGCCCAGUCUGAAUUUGGUUGCAAUAGGUCUGAGGCAGUCAAAUUAGUCCUGUUCCUUUUUGUAUUAAGUUGGGAAAUUAGUGUUUCAUCUUCUAACUUGCUAUUUAGCAACUCUUACAGGAAUUGGGGGUUUUAAGGGAGAACCAGUGGAGAAUUCAGUUGUGGCUUUUGUUACUUUUAACAAAUACCUUUUAUGAUAGCUGUUGUCAAGGAUCACAGUGGCAUCUUAUUAGAUACCAGAAAUGGAGAGAUCCGUGCCCAGUGUAUUGUGUGAAACAGUGAGCCAUUAUCUUUUGGAAGAAAAAUGUGGUUGGGACCUUGAAAUUAAGUCUGUGGCCAAUUUAACUUGGGAUUUGUAGAGCAUCACCUUACUUUCGUGGAUAAUUUAAUACCCUUUAAAUAUUUAUUUCAAAUUUAAUACAAGUAAGAUAUGACAGGAUUUAUUUCAAAUCAAUUGCUAUUUAAUAAUUAUUUUAUGCCGUAAAACAACAAUGUAUGGAAAUUCCAAUUACGUCCAUUUUAUGAGCGUAGUUAAAAGUAGCCCCAAAAAUAAAAACAAUUUUAGUGGCUUGUAAAAUAUUUAAUAAGUUUAAUUAUAGUUUAAUGACAUGUAGAGUUCUUAAAUUCAUAACAUUUCCCCCUUCUCCAUUUCUCCCCUUCCCUCACCAUUUCACAUACAUACUUAGGCACCCAUCUUGUAAUGGAUUUCUGCCACAGAGCCUGUAAGUCAGCUGCAAAAAUAUGUUCAGCUUUGACUUCUUCCAUAUUUCCUUCCCCAUUCCACAUGAAACUAUUGUACUGUGUGGAACACCUCCCAUGACAGGAGUAAAUGAAUUUUAUAGGACAACAUUGAGCCUGUUGAUCUUCCUUAUUUGAGGUAUGGAGUUUGAUGUUUAAAGAUAGAAAACAUUUGUUUAAUAGUUUAGCUGCAUAACAGAUGCUGCACUCCAAGGGAUUUAUUUCAUAACUCUAAAGGUAACACCCUUAUGCAAAUACAUUUCAUGUAGGCCAACAAAAGGAUCAGUGUCUUUGUAUAGCUAUCAUUGUAUACUGUAACUUUUAUUAUGGAUGAUCUAGAUUUUAAAAAAGUGUCCUUUUGUAAAAAAAUUUUUUUUAACCUAAUCAAAAAGUAUUGAUGCUUUAAUAUUGAAAGUGUUAACUGCUUUAACUGGACUUGGUUAUAAUUUUAUAUGUACAUGACAAGUUUUCAUCUUUGCUAAGAUGCAGGAGCUAGGUUGUGAUUACUAGGAAGCAUAUUCUUUGGGUAACAUCCGUACUUGUGACCUCCCAAUCCUAUUUGUGAUGAUUAAAUCUAUAGAGCAGGAGUGAUUGGAGUUUGGGGUUAGAAGAGUAUGUGAGGGGCAUAAUCUAUUAGUCUCAAAAGAAUGGGAUCUAGAUAUUGGGGUUUCGUUUCUUUUCCAUGUAUCUUAAUACCUUUUGUAGAUCUCUGUCCAUCAUUUGUCAUUACUAUCAACUAGUUCAUUUUUUAAACACUUUUAUAUUUUGAAAUAAUAAUGUAUUUUAUUAAAACAUAAGCUAAAGUACAGAACACAGAUGCAGAAACUUUUAACUGAGCUUAAAAGUUAAUUAACUUAGUUUCCUCGAUUAAAAUAAGUUAGAUUUCAGCCAAAGAAAAUGAAUAUCAAGAGUAAGUUAUAAUUUAUAUAUUGUAUUAAAAAUGUGUGAUUUCAUUUUUUAAUAUGGGAAAGAAAAGGAUUUAACAAUUUAAAUUGCUGUGCAAGUACUAUUUGUCUUUAUGGUAGAGUAUAUAAAUAGGAUUUACAUAAAUGAGCACUUGCAAAAUAGCAUUCUAACUAUUCAAAGUAUUUGUCCUAUCACCAGCAGAUGACAACUCAUAUAUGUUAUAUAUAUUUAUUAUAUAUGUAUAAUGUAUAUAAGUACCAUUUUGUGUCCUGUCCAGACUGACAUUCCUAUUUUUAUAUGAGACAGUAUAUUUGCUUGUGUAACUACAUAACCAGCAGACCACCUUCGCAAAGCAUAAAUAAUCAUUUAUUCAAGUGCCUGAAAACGUGUUGACCAAUUACAGCAGUUCAAAUACGUAUAUAAAAAAAUGUUGAAAAUACACAGCAGGAGAAUUUGUACUUUGAUUUAAAAUUAAGACUUCAACUUUUAAAAUCGGAUCUUUAUUUAGAAUUGGGAAGUGCUCAGUGUAAAUUCAAGAAUUUGUUAUUAGAUCAAUAAUCGUUUUUUAACCUGACAUUUGUAAUAAUAACUUUAUUUUAAAGUGUAUUGAUCAUAAUGUUUUAAAUACUUAAAUUGUUAGCAGCAUUUGACAUUGUUGGGGCAUUAUUAGUAACUCUAUUGUUACUUUUCAUAGUAACUCCCAUGAGUGUAAAUAAACUACAUGAGCUCAAAGGUAACUUGUAGAAUGCUACUUGAACUUGAUUCAAGUACUGAGGCUUGUAUCUCUAGUUCCACAAAGAUAUAUAAAAAAUAUAACACUAUAGGUAUAAUAAAGAAUAAAAGUUGGACUUCUGACCAAAUUACCCAAACUGAAUGAAUGUUAAUUAACUGAUUCACCUGAGUUUUAAUAUUAACAUUCUGUGAUUAAAAUAAUGUUAGGUUCACUGAAAAUUGAUAAUUUAGUCUGUCUUUGGCUGCAUUUCUUUGGUUUGCUCUAUUUUCUCAUUCAUGGAUUCUAAAUAUAAUCUUCAUAAAUUAUAAAUGUAGUGUACUAGCCUUCCUCAAAUAAUCAGUACCAUAUAUGAAUCUUGAUUUUGUUCAUCAGACAAUAGUUAAAACAUUUAUUGACUAUUAGGUAAUUGUGGAGAGUAAUUGCAAUUCUGCUUGCUCCUUGCAGUUUUCUCCUGUUAUUCCCAAGGCCACUGGGUUACUAAAAUUUAUCUUUUUAGACCUCUUUGCCAUGACUUAGCCUCAGACAGUGGUUUCAGAUGCCCUGUUCUCAGAUUGCCCUGAAGGCCCUGGGAUGCCACCUAACUGAUGUCAACAGGCCUUUGAUCAAAGGCAGUUAAAAAAUUAACUGGAUUUAAUCUGUUUAAAAAUAAACUGCCAAUGAUAUUAAAAGUGUUAAAAUGACACCUUGAAACUGCUAGCCAUGGCUGGCAUAAUGCUGAGGCCAAUUUUGAGUUUUAUCUACAUCAGUUUUGUGCCAUAUCACAUUAUGUUGAGAUUAGCUUUGGAACAAGGGCCAAAAAUGCUGUCUUCCCUGAUUUGGUUUUCAACUUCUGCAUUCAAUCUGCAGACACAGAAGUCAGCAAUCAUUGACCUGUGAAGGCCACCUUGCUAAAAGUUCUCUAUGGAAUUGCUGUCAAAAUGCAAGUGGAUGUCUGGCCGUUGAAUAUUGACAUGGUUCUAAUUACAUUUCAGCACCUUUUAUCUGGUGACAAAGACUAACUGCAAGUUUGUGCUGAUACUUUGAUUCAAGAAGAACCACAGGGAGCACAAAAUUUAAAAAAAAUCAAUGUGAAAUGGUUGAAACAUAACAAAAAAGUGUAUUCUUGAAAUAGAUCAGCAGUUUUCAGGAAAUUGAAUUGAGCAAAACAGUAAAACAAAAUUAAGAAAUUUUGAGUAACAACACUUGUAUAAAACUUAAACUAUCUUUUGCUCCUUAUGACUCAUUGCUUUUCCUUAUGUUGACAGUCCCUGAGUAUACUUGCCAUUUCUUUGGCCAUUGUCACAGAGAAGCUACUUCUGAUGCUGGAGGUCUUGUGGUCUUUGGGUGGAACACAGAGAGGGGCCAUGGCAACUUGAAUCUUAAGUUCAUGCUUUUAAAUAACCGAAUACAUAGAAUGGCUUUUUUUUCCUUUUGGAAUUGGGAUUAUUGGACAUGUCCUCACUAGAUAACAGCAAGAUUCCAUUCCUAUGAACUGUUUGUAAUCUGGCCAUUUCACAAGUCUGAAAUGCAGCAUGGACCAAAUUUCCAGGUGGCAAAAGAUGCCUGCAGCUUGAUGGCAGUGGUAGAUCCAUUCUCUUGGUCUCCUGUACUCCCAAACUUUCAACCGUGACACCAAGAAUACAGCAGAUAUCCUGGCUCAGUGUAGAAAGAGAAUUGCCUAAACCCACUCAAUUUAAACUUGAAGCUUGAAUUUUUUUAAAAGAAUAUAAUUGGGAGAAAAGUUGGAACAUUUGAAUAUUUUUGUAACCCAGAUUUAGUAAUGAGUCUUAUCUAUUUUCACAUCUUGCUUAAAAAAAAACUCAAAGAAAUGGCUUCUGAGAUUUAAAUUUGGGAGUGUCAUGUAUGACCAUUAUAGUAUUCAACAUUUUGCUGACUAUAAAGAUAUUGACUCAGUAAUACCUGACUGUCCCUAAAAGUAGUUAACAAAUUUAUUCACUUCACUCUUGCACUGAGACAAACUAUUUUGAAUGUGUUAAACAAGCCAACUUAAAGCUUGACUUUGAAGGUAAUUUUAUGAUAUUAAACUUGCACUUAAUAGAAACCAUAUUCCUAGAUGAGGCUUUCUAUUUUGAAUCAUAAAGUGAUUUGAAGUAUUUGAAACAUUGGAGUGAGUUUUCCCAACUCUAUCAAUCCUCAUUUCCCCAUUAUUUUAGGUAGAAGAUUAAUGUCAUUUGCAGUUUUCAUAUACUGUAAACUAGUACACAUUUAACAUAUUUUGGAAACACUUUUGUGUUUCCAAAAUCUGAGCAUUAAUGUCUAUGAGUAACAUGUCGGCACGUAUUGUAAGAAAGCUGCUUGUUAUUUCCCAUCAAGGUUAAAGUAUGGUAGAUCAGAGCCCAGAAAUCAUCCGUUAAUAGUGUACGCAUUUCAGUGGAUUUGCCAGGAAGUAUUUGGGUGGGCAUUGAUGCUUUUGCUAGAAGUCCCAUUUAUGGAAAUUGGAUUUGUUUGAGUAUAUUUUGCUAAGUUUUGUUUUGGGGAGGACAGUUAGUGUCUAUGUCAAUUUAUGCUGAAUGAACUUGUUAAUGUCCCAUGAAUCUGUUAAGAUUUUAUCAAGAAGAUUUUUUUAGAAAAAGUCUAUGAAGGAAUCUUAGUUAAGAUCAUAUUUGGAAAAUGUGGGUGACGGAUUUAAGUGUAGGUUGAAGUGAGGAGAGUUAAGCGGUUUGAAUGGAUUGAUGCUUAAGGUAAAUUUUUGUUCAGCUAUUUUAAUAGUGUAUCCCACAUGAUCUUUUCACAUUUUGGAGAGAGAGAGAAAAUAGUGGACCAUCAAUUUUUUGAGUUCUUUUUGUAUGGGAUUUAUCAAGGCAUCAGCAGGUGGUGGGAGUAUUUUCUACUAGAGGAGACUGAACAGACAAUUUAAAUAACAGUUGGAUGAAGUGUUGUCAUUUUAUUCUGUUGGAAUAUGGAAGAAAAUUAUUUAACUUUGGUUAAUCAUUUUGUAUAUCUGUUAGUACCUAUGAUUGUUAUGUAACCCUUGUAUAAAUCAACCAGUGUAUUCCAUAAUAAAAUUGUAUACUUUUUUACCUGUAAUUGCAAUACAACUUGUGUACUGAAAUCUAUUUACUAAAAAUAUUCAAUAAAAGAUGAGAAUAUUUUACUUGUG